UGGCUGCAUUUGUAUACAAUUUUGAACGCUCAAACAUGAAUACUUCGUUAAAGAGCUAUUGAGAUUUGAAGAGCCUAAUGUCUGUCGAAUGUACUAACCUAAAACUAACUUCACCGCAGUCAAGAUAAAUUAUGUUUAUUUGGCUUGAGGGGAUAGCUUUCACUUUCACUAUUGGAUGUAUCUUUUUGAAUCAUUGACGACUUCCACAGAAGAACAACUUAUACCUCCAGAUAUUCCGGCGUGGGUGUUUGCAUAACAUCAUACUUUCUUCCACUUUUCGGUCAUUUGUAAAACUCCAAACUGAUUGCGUCAUUAUGAUAAUUUUUAUGAUCUAGUUUCUUACGUCGACUAUUCAGGGAACAUACACCACUUUGCUUGCUAGUCACCGAGACACGUUUCCUUUUCAGAGUACUUGAUGGAAACGUUUUAUCAGAAGAACAGUAGGAUCUGUGAAGAGCUGAGCAUAGGAGAGUGCAAGAAGCUGCUCUACUUAUGUGGAGCCACGGGAACAGGCGGCUGUGUGGCCGAUGUUAGAGAGGUGUUGAUGACCUGGCUGGACAGACAGCAGGUGGAGAGCCUCUAUCUGGUGGAACUCCUGUACACAUUGAGACGCUUUGAUCUCCUGAGAAAGGUGUUUCGCGUUAGUGAACAGGAAGUGGGGGAAAUUCUGGGACAGAGCCGAGCUGUGUCAAAAUACAGAGUAUUGAUGUCUGAUGUGAGUGAGGACAUGGGGACAGAAGACCUGGAAUCUCUGAAGUUCCUGUUGAGUGCAUCUUUACCCAAAGAGCGGCUGGCCAGUGUCAAGAGUUUCCUGGAUGUGGUAGUUGAACUGGAGAAGUGUGACCAAGUUUCUUCUGAGAGGGUGGGCCUGAUAGAACAAUAUCUGAUAGACAUUAGCAGGGUGGACCUGGCCAAGAAAGUCAGAGGUUACCAGAACCAAACACCAGUGGUUUCUAUGGCCCAAGUCCAGCAAAGACCAGUGGGCCCGAAACAAUUUCUUCUGUCUCAGCCCAGGGCUAUUGCCACUCCAGUAUCAUACCAGUCCAAACAGAACCCUGAAGAGAAUGCACACACAAAGGACGCAGAAAGAAGACGGGCAGUGUGUCAGAGCCCCAUGGAGGUGUACAGGCUUCGGUCUGACCUCAAGGACCAGUGUCUGAUUAUAGACUGUGUCGGCAGUGAUGGAGACAUGUUGAGUGAGACUUUCAGUCGGCUCCACUUCAAGGUGACCCUGGUUAAAUGGCCAGGUCUGGAGGACACCCUUUCUAUCCUCCGGCAAGCUGUCCAACAGGAGGAUAACCAGGAGGCUGAUUCCUUGGCCUGCUGCCUCAUCAGCCGUGCUACUGCCACGGACCUGCUGGUUACAGACGGCCACAGGCAGGGUCUGUUUUUGGACUCUAUUCGGCAAUUCUUCACCCCCGCCUGCUGCCCCAGUCUGUUUGGGAAACCCAAACUUUUCUUCAUCCAGACCUACCUGGUCUCAGAACCCCCGGGCUGCUCCUCAAAACCCAUGAGGCACCCGAUCCACAGAGAGGAGGAUCUGGAGACCGAUAAGGAUGAGGGGUGUCCCAGGGUGGAGUCUGACAGGGGUCAAGGGUGUCCCAGGGUGGAGUCUGACGGGGGUCAGGGGUGUCCCAGGGUGGAGUCAGUCCCUGCAGAUGCAGAUGUCUUCUGGAGCCAUUGUUGGACAGAUGUGUGUCAGCUGGAGCAGAGGGGCCAUCGGUCGGUGUAUCUGCAGGCCUUAAGGGAAGCAGCUCUGAGAGGCCAGAGCAGAAGAACAUCUCUGGUAGAUAUCCAUACAGAGAUGAAUGGUGUGAUAUUCGACCACAACAGAAGAAAUCCAGGAGCCAGAUACAACAUUAAUUUGAGACACACACUCAGGAAGAGCCUCUACUUCAGAUAGGAGCAAGGACACAACAUUCACUACCUUAAACACUGACAAUCUCUGAAAAGAGUCAGUGUACCUUAAAAAUAUAACAACAUCCAGCACAUUCCGCCCUCUUGUGGCAGCUUUGACACAUCUUACCUUCAUGAAGUACGUAAUGGUGCACUAAAACAUGUCAGUAUUUUUUUUACUAUGUAUUUAUUCAAGCAAUAUCUGUCUUUAUUUUUUCU